CUGCUGCUGGGGCCCGGCGGGGCGGCGGGCGGGCGGCGCUGGGGCUUCCAGGCGCUGUCCCUGGUGCUGCUGCUGGGGCAGGGCGCGCUGCUGGACCUCUACCUGAUCGCCGUCACCGACCUGUACUGGUGCAGCUGGAUCGCCACCGACCUGGUGUUGGCGGCCGGCUGGGGCAUCUUCUUCUGCCGCAACAGCCGGGCGCGGCGCCGCGAGCGGCCCCCGCCGCCCCCCGGGCCGCCGCCGCCGCACCCGUUGCUGCUGCACGGCCCCCCCGGCGGACGCGGGGCCGGGGGACGCGGGGCCGGCGGCCCCCCCCGCGGCGGCGACUUCGCCUACGCGCACCUGGCCUGGCUCAUCUACUCCAUCGCCUUCACGCCCAAGGCGGCGCUCAUCCUGGGCACUUCCAUCCUGGAGCUGAUCGAGCUGCGCCUGCCGCUGGGCACCACCGGCUUCCGCAUCACCCUGGCGCUCUCCGCCCCGCUGCUCUACUGCCUGCUGCGGGCCAUCGGCGCCGAGGGCUCCGGGCAGCUGCUCCUGCCCCCGCAGCCUCCGCCGCAGCACCGCGCCGCAGCCGCCUUCCUCGCCACCUGCCUCGAUCUCCUCGACAGCUUCUCCCUGCUGGAGCUGGUGCUGCAGCCCAGCCGCCCCGCGCCGCUGCCCGCCCCGCUGCGCUACCUCCUCAUCGCCGUCUACUUCCUCUGCUUGGCCUCGCCGGUGCUGUGGCUCUACGAGCUCAGCGCCGCUCGCCCGCCCGGAGCCGCACGCCUCGCCCUCCACCUGCUGCUGCCCGCCGGGCUGCUGGACGCGCCGCUGCUGGCGCUCCGCUGCCUACUGCUCCUGCGCUACCAGCAGCCGCUCUCCCUCUUCAUGCUGAAGAACCUCUUCUUCCUGGCCUGCCGUGGCCUGGAGGCUCUGGAGACCUGCUGCCUCCUGCACCCCACCUCCACCCUGCCGCCCUCCAAGUAUGGCUCUGCUGCCGGGCCCCCCACCGCCGCCCCGCUGGGCCACGGGCUGUCCGACGUCGAUGUGGGCCCCCAUGGUUACGUCAACGCGCUGGCUGUCACUGCUCAGGGCUGAGCCUGCU